AUGUCCCAUUCAAGAAAUUUCAUUCCAAAUAUAACCAACUCUUGGCAAGAAGAGAACUUUAAUUUGCUAUAAAUCUUCCCAUCAAGAAACCAGUCUCCAUUACUCCAUUUCUCAUGGACUAACCUACACCCAUUCUCACCUUAAUCUUCAUCUCUCACACUCUACAUAUCCAUCUGUAAGUAACCAAACUGAACUCACAUGGAGGCUGAAGAAACAGGCCAGGAACUGAUGAAAGAAGGCAUCAGUUGCGGCAGCACAGAAGACUCCAAAACCGGUGGCCCCGAAUUACUCGAGGCCGAAAUCGAAGGAGAAGAAGAAGAAGAAGAUGAUGGGAAAGGAGAAAAGGGCAACAAUGGAAGCAGUAGCAGCAAUAACAGCACAAUUGAAGAGAAUAAUGGGAAGAAAUUAGGAAAUUCCGGUUCAGUACGGCAGUAUGUCCGGUCCAAAACUCCCCGGCUCCGGUGGACUCCCGACCUCCAUCUUUGCUUUAUUCAUGCAGUUGAAAGACUGGGAGGACAAGACAGAGCAACCCCCAAGUUAGUUCUUCAGUUGAUGAACAUCAAAGGCCUCAGCAUAGCUCAUGUCAAGAGCCACCUCCAAAUGUAUAGAAGCAAGAAGGCAGAUGAGCCAAAUCCAGUUACCCCUAACGGAAGGCUGCUUCUUGGAAAUGGAGAUUCACAUAUCUUUAACUUCAGCCAGCUGCAAAGGCUACAGGGAUUUAAUCCGACACCUGUUACGACGAGUUUAAGAUUUGAAGAUUCUUCAUGGAGUCGUCAUCAUCAACCUUAUUCAUCUGCGUACAAUCCUUACCUCAAUGGCGGCGCCGCUACUUCCAGUAUAAUGAUCCGACAUGGAUUCGGAGGGAAUUACGUUAACGGCGGCCGUUCGGAGUUUCCGAUGAUGUCGAGACAAUGUUCCGACAACGUGAGAGCGCAGCCGCCGCAGUUGUUUCCGAAUCAAAGAUUCCCGGCGACUGUUCAAAACGAAGAAGGGACGGCGGCGGCGGCGGUUUCCGGCGCCGUGAAAAGGAAGAUGCCGGAUUCCGACGUGAAUCUUGAUCUGAACUUAUCGUUAAAGACUAGGGACGGCGGCGGGAAUAAUGAGAAGAGGGCGAAGGAUGACGACAAGUACGAGGAUAGUACUAAUCUGUCGCUCUCCUUGUUCCCCUCCUCGCCUCAUCCUGGGAGAAAUAAUGACGAUCAAACAACAGCAAAGAACACUACUCUAGAUCUGACUUUAUGAUUAAAAAAAAAAACCAUCAAAGUGAGAUUUUGUAGUAGUGGUUCUCGAUUUCUGGGAUCGAAAUGAGGAAUCUCAUCAAUGCACAGUAGAUGACAGAUCUUUGUCCCAUAUUAAGCUAUACCUGUAGUUUGUACAAAACCAGUGAAUAUAAUAACUUCACUUAUAUAUAUUGUAUUCUU